ACUUCCAGCAACAGCGCGGCGGGCGGCAGCCAAUCAGCGCGGCGGGAGGCGUGGCCAGCCCAGCCCCCGCUUUACUUCCGGCAACAAGCGCCGCGGUCCCGGGAGGCGCCGCCGCGGCGAGAGAGAAACCAUGCCAUUUUUGGGCCAAGACUGGAGAUCCCCUGGAUGGAGAUGGGUUAAAACAGAAGAUGGAUGGAAACGAUGUGAAUCCUUCAGUCCUGCACUUGAGGAUGGGAAUAAUCAGCUGAGUGAUAUCAGUCACACUGUCAUCUUAACUGGUGAUGAUGAAGAUGAAGAACUCUACAGUACUGAAGAUUGUGAAUUUGCAGCCAAGAAAAGGAAAAAAGAUCAUUUUAGGAAUAACGCAGAUUCUCAACGUUUUUAUCGUGAAAAGUGGAUAUAUGUCCAUAAAGAAAGCACCAAGGAAAGACAUGGCUAUUGCACUUUGGGAGAAGCUUUCAACCGCUUAGACUUUUCAAGUGCCAUUCAGGACAUCAGAAGGUUCAAUUACGUGGUCAAACUUUUGCAGUUAAUUGCAAAAUCCCAGUUAACUUCACUGAGUGGUGCAGCACAGAAGAACUACUUUAGCAUUUUGGACAAAAUUGUACAGAAGGUCAUGGAAGAUCAAUAUAAUCCACGAUUAAUCAAAGAUCUUCUCCAGGAUCUGAGUUCUACUCUCUGUAUACUGAUCAGGGGAGUAGGAAAAUCUGUAUUGGUAGGGAACAUCAAUAUUUGGAUUUGCCGAUUAGAAACCGUCCUUCUGUGGCAGCAACAACUACAAAACCUUCAGAUGAACAAGCAAGUCAACAAUGGUCUUACGCUUAGUGAUCUCCCUCUGCAUAUGCUGAGUAACAUCUUGCACAGGUUCUCUGAUGGCUGGGACAUUAUUACUCUGGGUCAAGUGAGUCCAACUUUGUACAUGCUCAGUGAAGACAGACAAUUGUGGAAAAAACUCUGCCAGUACCAUUUUCCAGAAAAGCAGGGCUUGGUUCAUACUGAAAACUGUAUUCAGCAUAUCAAAGUUUAGGAUAAGUAUCAGGCUGUUUUCUUGCAUUGCUUUGAAAGAAUGUCUACCAUAAGAUGAUUUUUGACCCUACAUUCCAAACUGGAGGAAAAUAAUUGUUCUUAAAUCUGAUAGAUCGAAGUGUUACCAUUUGGUUGGUGAAUAUCAGAUUAAUUAUUGUUAAAACAGGAAAGGUAGAAGCGAAGAUAAUUAAUUCAUAUGGAAUUGACCCAAGUAAGAAUUUUGAGAUUAAAGGUGAGUAGGAAUUUUGGUAAGAUUAAAAGUGAAUGAACUUCAUGGAGAAUAUGGACAAACAAGGGCAAACUGAAAAAUGCUAAUUCAGAGGCAGCUCAGAAUAAUGCAAGAUGAACUUAUGAGGAUAAGAAGUUUAUGCUUAAUGUAAUAAUUGAAUGGGUUUUGAGGGUAGAUGAGGUAACUUCUACUGAACAGUGACAAAACUGGGUGGAGUGGAAACUGUUAUAUAAAGGUAGAGGUGGGAAAAAGAUUGCUUAAGUAUUUCAGUAGAAUGGAAGCCCUGUGCCUUAUAAUGGACACUUAUACACAGCGUUUAUAGUGUGUUCCUAUAUGUUCACAUUCAACUUCUUAUCAGAUUAUUAAUGAUACAAAGGGUAUUAUUACUUUCCAUUAUAUAAUUCUGCUUUUUCUGUUUCCAGUGCACUGCCUUCAUAAGCUACAGAGUCAUGUUAGGUUGUUUUUCCUGUCCUCUGCAGUAUUUUUGUUGAACCCUUCAAACAACCACAAAAAAUACUUCAUAACUGAAGAGCACUUUUUGGAAAAACUGAGAAUUUUACACAGGGAAGCUAUUAUGAAAUGAAGUGAAGUGUAGCUGAAAUCACAAAGGCAGUGCUAUUCUCCCCACCUAGGAGUCAUCUUCUGAAUGAAGAAAGCCCUUAAUAUAUUAAAAUUAAUCCACAGAGUGGAACAGGAAGCCUUUUACAAAUACAUAUUUAAUAAACUGUGGCUGUGUAUUAAGCUGGGGAGAAACAGCCACUGUGCUAAUCUUUACAUGCAGAUUAUGCCCUCAAGAGGUACAUCGGUCACUGAUUAUUGCUGUCCUUCUAGAAAGAUCAUAAGUAAAUGUGAAAAAUAAUCACAUAUAUAUUUUUAAAUUGCAAGAAAAAGCAGUAUUUAAAUCAGUAGUUACUAACAGUGGCUUUCUGUUAAAACAGUAAUGCACAAUCACUUUUUAAUCUCAGUCCUGAGGGUUUUAAAAGUAUAAAAUUAAUGACAUCUGGCUUUAAAUAUUGUUUUUGUAAUAUGGCUGUUGACUAUAAUUAGAACAAUUUCAAGACAGUGGAGUUAGAUCAGCUGUAUAUGGCCAACUUUUUCUUGGCAAAUGUGGAUCCUCCUGGUUUUAGUGCUUUACUUUCCUUUUUUUUUUUUUUUGUGGCUAGAUCCCUCUCAAUGCUUUUCAGAGGUGCACGAUGUCAGAUUAUUGACUUAAAAGAAUUCCAGUUUCAAAACUUCAGUUUAAAUACCUUCCCCACCCCCAUUCCUUUACCUGAUUUGAUUAGUUCUUUACCAAUUUAAAGGAAGAUAUUAAUUUUAU